UUGGCUUUCUUAAAUUACAGAUCAGUCUGACCGUAGCUAUAAGAUUUAUUAAAUAAUAUUUAAGAAAUAAAAGAGAAGAAGAGAAAAGUAUCAAAAUGGUAACUGUGAAUAGUUGUUGUUGUUUUAGUGUUGAAACUGGCGGUCUGAUUUUGGGAUGGAUUGGAAUUAUUGGAAAUGCAAUUGGUGGUUUAUUCUUAUUAGCUAUGCUUGCCGGAUACAAUGCAUUGACAUGUGAAGAUAUUUUACAAAAUGAGCAAUUUCAAGAAGCUUUUCCAGACUGGACUAUGGAAAAUUGUCAAUUUUUGAAGACAAUUAUUUUGGUAGGCAUCAUUGUUGGAAUAGUGUCAAAUCUUAUUGCAUUUAUUAUUUAUGUAAUGCUUGUCAGAGGAAUCAAAACUCGCAACCCCGGAAAAAUAAUUCCAGCAGUUGUCAUCAAUGGAAUUGGAGUUACAAUAAUAAUUCUUGGAAACCUUUUCACCUUCUCAUUAAAGGGAUUGUUUUCAGCAGUAAUUGGAGGUGCAAUCGGAAUCUACUUCUUCCUUGUCUUAUAUACAGUUUAUGUCAACAUCAAAAGUGAAAAGAGGCGAUCGUAUAGUGCACAAUAUGCCCACGCAUAAAUUCCGUGUCUCCAACUUAAUUAGACGCUUGAUGCACAAAUAUUAACAAACAAAUUCCAAAUUGUUAGAAUGAGUACAAAAAGAAAACAUUACCAGCAUUGACAUUGACCUUGAAUAUUUUUUUAUAAACCAUUCGCGCUUGUUUUUUGUGUGUCCAAAGUUUGAAUUUAAAUGUUAAUUUGCCAUAAUGCCAAGAGCCAGACACUAUCGUAAAAAUUUUUAAUAUUGCUAGUCUGACUCUUACUAUAGUUUGUAUGAUUAUCAAUGUUUGUAUUUACUUUUAAAGUUCUACCAUUCAAAUUAUAAAGCAAAUACAAUUAAGAUUUAAAUAAACUCGGUCUUUAGAACACGAC